AUGGAAAUUAUCUCCAUAGAAAACCAAACCAUUACUGAAUUUGUUCUUCUUGGCUUCUAUGACAUAAAUGAACUCCAUCUCCUUUUCUUUAUUGUAUUCACUAUUAUCUAUGUCUUUAUCAUAAUAGGAAAUAUGCUGAUCAUCGUGGCUGUGGUUAGUUCCCAGAGACUCCAUACACCCAUGUAUUUCUUCCUAGCUAACCUGUCUUUCUUGGAAAUUCUUUAUACUUCCACAGUGGUACCAAAAAUGCUGGAGGGCUUCUUGCAGGAGGCAGCCAUUUCUGUGGCUGGUUGCUUGCUGCAGUUCUUUAUAUUUGGUUCUCUAGCAACAGCUGAAUGUUUCCUGUUAGCUGUCAUGGCCUAUGAUCGUUACCUAGCAAUUUGCUGCCCACUGCACUACACACUCUUGAUGGGACCCAGGUGGUGUUUGGUGUUGGUGGCCAUAGCCUGGUUUUCUGGAUUCAUGGUAGAUGGAUUAGUUGUGGCUCUCAUGGUCCAACUGAGAUUUUGUGGCCCUAAUCGCAUAGACCACUUUUAUUGUGACUUCAUGCCUUUAAUAAACUUGGCUUGCUCAGACCCCACCGUUGCCCAGAUGACAACAUUCAUUCUCUCUGUGGUCUGCCUCAGUGUUCCCUUUGGACUGAUUUUGACAUCUUAUGCUCGGAUUGUGCUAGCUGUGCUGAAAGUUCCUGCUGGGGCUAGCAGGAGAAAGGCUUUCUCAACAUGUUCUUCACAUUUAGCUGUAGUGUCCACAUUUUAUGGAACACUCAUGGUCUUGUAUAUUGCGCCUUCUGCUGUACAUUCCCAGCUUCUCUCCAAGAUCUUUGCUUUGCUCUACACAGUAGUCACCCCUUUAUUCAACCCUGUGAUCUACACUCUGAGGAAUAAGGAGGUUCACCAGGCACUACAGAAGCUUCUCCACAGUAAGCAAAGUGAAAUACUUGAUUGA